GGGCUACUUUAACAAUUUCUUCCUUCCGUUGUUUGAUCGAAAUUAUUUAAGCUUAAGUAAGAUACACGUACAACAAAAAUUGCAUUUACAUUUGCCACAGCCAAUAGAAAAUAUAUUUUUUGUACAAAAUGGGAGACGAAAAGCGAGCUUCUGCAGUUAAUUCGGUGUCCAUCAGGCCCAAACAAAUCUACGGCCUGCGCACCGAUGUCCUGGGCAACAUACAAUUCAAUUUGACCAAGGAGGUCAUGUAUCCGGUCGAGGGUGUUCUGGCUUUCCAUGACUACGUGACCAACAAGCAGAGGUUCCUGCGCUUUCCCGAGGAUACCAAGGCGGAAAUCAUUGUCUUAAGCUCGCAUCGCAAACUGAUGGCUGUCCUCGAGCUGCAUGCAAAGAAUGGUCGCUAUGUGUCCAUCUAUGAGCUGUCCACGCUGAAGAAGCGCCGUCAUUUGGAUUUGCCGGCAAAUCAUCGCAAUGCCUCGAUACAGCAAAUGAUUUUCACCAAUGAUUCGCGUGCCAUUGCAAUGAUCACCAAGCCGCCCAAUGAGAUGGUCUUCAUGCUGGUCCUCGACAAGACGAGCACCGUCAUCGAGGGCAGGGCCACAUUGCCCGGCUCCCAUGGUAGCGCCGAGUGCAUUGCAGGCAAUCCCAAUGACUGUGGAUUCGUCGCUGUGGCGGGCGAUAAGACUCUACUGCUGCUGAGCAAGUCGGAGCGAGGAUUCACCAUCAGCAAUAACAUAAAGAUCAAUUUUCGAGUGACCUCGAUGGCAUUUUUAAGCAUGGAUCUGCUAAUGAUGGGCACCGAUCGCGAUAUGUUGAUAUUGGUUGAAAAUGGCGAAAUCAAGCUGAGCCAGAAGGCGAGUGCGGCGGAGACGGUGGACCUGAUGUUGGAUCAAGAGAUGUUCGAUAAGGAGCGCGAGGCCCAGGAGCAGCGCUUCUCCACUGUACAGCAAGCCAUCCUGCCCGACUGGCGUGUUCUCUGCAUGACGGCUUUCAGCCGCGGCUUCGCCUUCAUCAUUUUCAACAAGGUUUUCGUCUUCGAGCGCGUGUCCAAGUUCAAAUUUGAGCGCAAGACGGUGCUGACUGUGCCCAUCACCAUCUACUCAGAGCCUCAAUAUCAGAUCACUAACAUGGCCAUUGAUCACAAGCAGGAGACGGUUAUUGUGACCUGCUCUCACGCCCAGAUCUAUGUGGGCAUCCUCAUAGUUCCGGAAACUCUGAAGACGAAGCAGCUCAAAUUCGAGCCACUCGGCGUGCUCAUACACAUCGGCGAAGUAGUCGAUGUGUCGGUGUGCGCCUGGAAGCCCAUCAUAAUGACGGCCUCGAGGGAUCAAACGAUACGCAUUUGGAACUAUGAGACUGGCAAGGUGGAGCUGGUGCGCAAAUUCCAGGUGGAUGUGAAUAUUGUCGAACUGAACUCUACGGGCCUAAUGGCAGCCAUUGGUUUCUCAGAUCAGCUGCGCAUCACACAGAUCUUUAUGGAUGAGCUUAACAUCGUCAAGACAUACAACUUUCCGCACUGCAACGAUGUGAAAUACUCGAAUUUUGGACACUUGAUGGCUGCUGCCUAUGAUAAUAAUAUUAGUGUGACAUCGGUAUACAGCCUCGAUGUGGUCAUCCACUUGAAGGGACACAAUGGCAAUGUCUUAUCUGUGGCCUGGACGAAGACGGAUAAGUACUUGAUUUCUGGUGGAGCCGAGGGCGCCAUUUACCAGUGGGACAUUGAGACGGGCGCCCGACUGCAGGAGAUCGUGCAGAAGGGCACGGAGUACGUGACGAUCUGCGUUAGCUUCAACGACCCAAUGGUCAUCUUUGCGGGCACCAAUCAUGGCACCAUACGCGAGUUCCAAGACGCGACACUGCAACGUGAAAUAACUGUGCCAUCCCGCAAUAAGGGAUCCGUUUCCGACAUGUGCCUGGCCCGCUCAGAUCUCAUUAUGUUCAUAACGGAUCAUGAGGGCGGCUUGUUCAAUAUGCAGCUGCCUUUCCUCGAGGCAGGCGGCGGCACAUUCACCAAUUUCCGCUUCUUCGAUGGCCCCAUCAAUAAGUUGAGAUUCACCUAUGACGGAUCGAUGCUGGUGGCCAUAUCGAAGCGUGGUACCGUGGCCAUUUGGAGCUUGGAGAACAUUGAGGACAGGGUGGCGCCCAUCGAUCAGGAUUUGCUGAAGAGCCAAGAGGUUUUGAUACCACGCACCCAGCUCAGCGACAAAGUGGAGCAAAUCACGAAUCUGGAGUUACGUCUGAAGCAGCAGGCGGAGGAGUUCCAAUAUCAGCUGAGUCAGAACGAGAUCUUUGAUGGACAGCAGCUGCAGGAGGUGCAUCGCAGCUAUUGCAGCGCUCUCGAGGAGCUCAAGGAGCUGAACAAUGAGAUUGUAUCGAAGCACACGGAGGAAAUGAAUCUGAUAACAUUCCAGAUCAACGACAUGAAGCAGGAUCAUCGCUCCCAGAUGGACGUAUUGGCCAGCCAGUAUUCGGAGCGGAUGCUCAUCGAAUACCAGAAGUUCACCAAUCUGCGAGAGAACAUGCUGGAGCUGCGCGAGAGCUACGAGGACAAGCUGAAGAACUCGACGGGCACGCUGCAGGAUACGAUUGAGGCGCUCGAGAACGAUUACAAGAAGCAGCUGGACGAGCGCAAGGAUCUCAUCCGCGAGCUGAUGAAGGAGAUGCAGGACAAGAAGGAUGAGUUCAUCAAGUACUGCCAAGAGGUGGAGGCGGAGAACGAUCGCAACAUGGUCGCCACCCAAACGGAGUACGAGAAUAAACUGACCACAGAGCGGAACGAGACGCAGAUGUGGCGCGGCAAGGCGGGUGUGCUCCAAAAGAAAUACGAAGCGCAGUGCCAUGAGAUUGAGACGCUGCUGGAGGAGGUGGAGACAUUGAAGGAGGAGCACAUCAAGUCACAAAUGAAGAUGCAAAAGCAACUGCGCAAUAUCGAGGAUCUGCAAAAGGAUAUAUCGGAUCGUGAUUAUGCCAUUGGUGCCAAGGAGAAGCGCAUCCAGGAGCUGCUGCACAAGAACCAAGAGCUGGACAAAUACAAGCAGGUGCUCAAUCACAAGAUCGCCGAGCUCAAGGCACAGAUCGAGCCGCGCGAAUUCCAGAUCAACGACAAGCGCAAGCACAUCAUCGAAAUGGAGCACGAACUGGAGGGCCUCAACCAGAACAACAUUCAGCUGGAGCUGCAGCUCAAGGAGAUGCGUGAUAAGUAUCUGAGCAAUGCGGCCGAGCUGCGCACGGAGCGACAUCGUGCCAAGUCCGCCAGGGAAUGCCUCAACUCGAUCUGUACGGACAUCUUCUAUGUGGCCGGCGAGGUGAACACGGCGGAGGGAUUGAAGAAGGCCGUCAAGGAGCUGUUCCACAAACAUGCCAGCGAUGAUGAGCUGAAGCGUUUUGUUACGCUCGAUGCCGAGGUCAAAGACGAGUUCCUCCGGCAGCGCAAGCAAAUCGAAUCCGUUCUGGCGCGCUACAAGUCUGUCGCCGAGGACAAGACCGUGCAGAGGAAGUACGACAAACUGUUCAACGAGAACUGUUUGCUGCUCGAGGAGAUUGAGAGUCUGCGCCUUGAGAACAAGAGUUUGCGUUCAAGGCUUAGGGAAGAUGUGCGUCGCACCACAAAACUCAACGCUGGAGCGUUGGAGGGUGCCCUGUAAAUGAUCUUAUUUACAUAUGUAUAUGUAUAAAUGUAUGUGUGUAAGUAUACACAUAUUUACAUACAUAUGUAUGUUCGUAAGUUAUAUAGGCUCUAUAAAUAGGGCUUAAGCUCAGAUGAAUAAAGAACAUGGCUCUCCGGCCUCCUUCAUUAAA